AUGUAUAAAAAAUGGAAUACACCAGGACAUUUUAAUUUAGUUUUUUUUUCGUUAAUAUUCACAAACAUAUCCACAUUUGAACAUUGCAGAAGUUAUUUAGUAGGUAGCACGAAUACGGGAUUGCUCGGAUCGGAAGAAUUGAUCCGUUAUUUCCCAAACAAGAGGAUAAGAAUCCACGUAUGCACGUGGAACGUGGCUGAAACGAAGACGAUUCCAGUUAACGUUGACAACUUACUGCUCCCCAAAAUUAGUGAAAUCCUCUUUGACAUGUACGUCAUAUCUACGCAAGAAACUGCGUUUGAUAGGCAAGAAUGGUCAAUAAAAUUGCAAGAGACCCUCGGACCGCACUUCGUGAUGUACUGCCAGGCAGCCCACGGUACACUGAAUAUCGUCGUGUUCAUCAGACGAGAUCUGAUCUGGUUUCUAUCUGCCCCAGAAGAAAGUACUGUGACAACGAGAAUGGGUCCGUCGUCAAUAAAAACCAAAGGAGCCGUGGCUGUUUCAUUCAUUCUAUUUGGUUCACCGAUGGUUUUCAUUAACUCGCAUUUCAAAGCCCACGAAGGCAAGCAUGAAGAUAGAGUUGAAGAUUAUAAAAAGAUAGUUACCAAUUUGUACUUUCCAAAAACUGUCGGACAAAAACAAGUUAAAAACAAUGAACCGGUCGACAGCACAUCCCUAUUUGAUCACGUGUUCUGGAUGGGAGAUUUGAACAGUAGGAUGGAGAUUGAAAGAUCGAAAAUAGGUGGGGCCAUGAUGUCCGGAGAAUUAGGGCUGGAUCAGAUUGAAAAGUUGCUCGAGAUGGAUGAGUUGAAGAGGAUCGUGAGUGAACAAUUGGCAUUCAAAGAUUUCAGCGAAGCUCGCAUAAAGUUCCUACCGACGUACAAAUUUGACAUUGGAACCGACAACUACGAUACAUCGAAUAAAAAUCGAGUACCGAGUUACACGGAUCGAAUAUUAUACCGAUGUAAGAAGAAAAGUACCAUCUCUUGCUUGCACUACGAUUCUGUCGGUACGUUCAUGCAGUCGGAUCACAAGCCGGUCUACGGUGUCUAUGAGGCCGAGUUGAGACCUGGUCUAGACGAUGUCAUGUUUUCCGGUGGUCAGUUUAACCGACAGAUCUGGAUUGAAGGUUCCAGUCAAGCCUUUAUUAACCAAUUAAUCAAUCAUUCAUUUAUUCAAUCAUUCAUUCAAUCAAUCAAUCAAUCAAUCAUCUAA